GGUACAAAGGCAAGCGCAAGUGCAAGUACGAUCAACAGCCUCUCCCUCUCUCUUUCCUCAGCUUCUGUUUUUAUCACUUUUGCCCAACACACGAGUUUAUUCAUUCCAAUGCCUGGACGAUCAUCCGCCUCAAGUGCCAAUCCAAUCCAAUACCAUGGCACUACUGUGCUCUCGCGAGAGGGGGACACGGACCAUGGGCUAAGAUUGACUCAGAUUAAUAUCAGUUCGAGCCCCAGUCUCAGUCUCGGUCUCGGUCUCAGUCACGACCUCAGGAACGGACAUGACGGGACAGACCAUGGCUCGACCGCAGCUCCUCACCCCGCACAAGACACCGCACGUCAAAGCAGCAGUCUCGACUACGCUACCAUAGAAGCAUCCAGCCCAUACCUCGCGAGAACUUUGCCAUCUGCCCAACAGCAACUGCAACUGCAACCAUCAGCGCAGACCAUCCGCCAUCUUAGGCUCCAACUCCAGGGCCCACAGAAUGACGACCAGCUGCACGAUCUUACUGAACAUGCAUCUUCGAUCCAGAUGGAGCAGCUGCAGCAUGACGACAACGAAGAUCUUACAUCUCCCGCUCGGAUAACAACGGAUUUCAUGCCCCUUGCAGUCGUCUCUUCUGGCAUUGCCGCAAAUCAGGAGUCGACAAUAGCAGCAAUAAGCAUCACAUCCGUCGCGGGAACACCAGCCUCUACCGCUGUUGCUGCUGCUACCCGUGGGCCUCACGAGUACGAACAUCAUGCCUCGAUUUUGACCCCUGUUGCGGAAUCUCAACCUCCAAUCAUAUACCUCAGCAGUUACGACUAUAGAAAUGACAGCAAUUGCCAUGGCGACAACAGCAGCAGCAGCGCGGUAAAUAACCAGACCCUUCCCACAAGCAAAUGUAUAACUCACAGCGCAACUAUCCCAAGGUUCACAGAACACAAUCCUCGAAGAACUUUUGGCAUGCACGGAUUCCCGCUAUGUCUAUCUCACACCGACCAUACCAGUCAACCCAAACUCAACAAUGACCGUGGCAGUGGCGACGUCUUUGGGAUCGUCAACGCCGUUGAGUCCGCACCUCUUUCUUUUCCUCUUCCUCGCGCAAUAACAACAUCCGUUGCCAUUUCUCCGCUCAGCGACUACGAGGAUUUUUACGGCAGCAAACUCAAAAAAGAUACUCUUCGCAUUUGCCCCUACGACAGUAGCAUUGAGAACAGCAGUAGUAAAUGUGGUAGCGAUAUUGACAACCAUCUAAGUAGUAGCUUUCAUUGGAAGACCACUGAUACAGUUGAUCAUACUCGCAAUGACAACGGCUUUGUCUCUUUAAUCAAACGCGACCAGGGUCUUACUAACGAUUAUGACAUUGCACUACGCAGCAAUCCAUGCUGCGCGUUGGCAUCAAAAGGGAAUCACCAGGCCAUCGAUUACAACCUAAAGGACACUACUCAUGCUAAGGGCGGCGCGAGUCGGCGUAACACUGUGCUCGAUUGCAAGAUCAAGAACGAUUUAGGUACGACUACCGCGGAAUCGCAUGGUUCUUCUGAACGAGGUCGACUUUCCUUGUGGCCCUUGCAUUACUCAAAAAGCAACAACAGCUGCAGCACGGUCGAUACCGACAAUGCAGAGACUAGUAGGUCAUUGCCCCUGGAUCGCGGAAGAAAUGUUGACAUCGGACCACUGACGGGCAUCACUGCAGAUAAAACAACGACUAUGACGACAAUAACAGCAACAACAAGAACAUCCGCCUCCCAAGCAGCAGCUUUGGCGACAAGAGGAUCGAAUCCCCGCAUUGUGUUACACGACGACAUUGCUUCGCCAUCCUUAGGCCUGCCUAGGCCGGACGCAAAGAAUACGCCCUAUGCUGCAAAGAGACGAGAGAAGAGCCCAAAUCUUGGCAGGGUUCAAGGUGGCCUAGGAUCCGAUCUGACCGAUUUUAUCCCACUCUCGACGUUGGCUUGCACCUAUCGCAUUCGAUUACCAAGCAAAAUCUCUUUGCACUGGUCGAAGUCUUCUCAGCCAAAAACACGACUCUUCCAAUAUUCACACAACGCGCAACCUGACCCUCCCCAAGGUCGAAAUAUAGCUAAGCAUAGCUGUCAGGACCCAAUUAUUUACAGAUCGCUCCCGCUUUCGAAUAAGUCAGUUGUUAUUGAGGGCGCCAUAGAUCAAUCUCUAGAGGAAGAAUCAUUACUGUGGUCCCCAUACGGCGGUCAAGACCAUGAAUACUUCAUGAUGUACAAGGAAUAUAAAAUCGAUCGAGGUGCCGUCAUAUCGAACGCACGAGAUAUUUGGAAGACCAAAGGUCGUCGGGGACGAGCACCAUAUUCACUCAAGGACUACUCCAUGCCAUCAGAUCCCAUUAUCGGUUUACUUGGAUCUGCACACACUAUGAACGCAGUGUCGGUCUUUGCAGAAGCUAGCUCUUUCCUUGGGACUGAUAACUACUCUUGGGCCCGGAGCGGUAGUCGCAAACGAAGAACAUCCCAGUCUACCAGCUCCCAUGAAGGCAGCUCCUGGACCACCAAUCGCAAAGAUACGAUCAUGAGCCUCAUUGAUAAUUUAUCGGCGUUCAAACGACAACAUUCAUUGCAACAACAGAAGCAGGGACGACAGACCAGGACCUUCGUCGCGAUCGCCAAUAUCAAUCCGCCAUUAGCCACCUCCCUGGCGCAAAAUGUUCGUCCCUCUGGUACCCCAACCACUGCUGCCGGUAUUAUAAAUGAAUUGGUCUCAUCCAUAACAUCAACCUCCAUGUUGGUGGAUAGAGAUGGAGAAGCCAUCAGCACCACAGCUAUUCCUCAGGGUGUUGCGUCCGUUGGCAUAGCAGCACCCUACAUAGUGUCAGGCCUGAAUAGAACGCGCUGGAUCCAUCAUUCGCCUCACGGUCAUCUCGGCGCGCAUGUGUACUCUCUUCCAGAAGGUCAGGAUCAGCCACCAGAGCAUGAUCGGGAGCGACCAGGUGCCGAUAAUGACAAUGAGACAGAGCAUGAUCUGGCAUCCUCGUCCGCCGGUCCCCAGCAGCCGUUGUCAAUCCAGCAUACUCAAGCGUACGAAGAGACCCAACAGCAGCAACCCCCAUAUCCGCAAAUAUCACCUGUUGCGCCUCAGCAAGGUCACUCCUUCGCAUACCCUACUCCUCUUUAUCGCCACCAACAUGCGACACCGCGGAUUCUAUUUGGGGGCACGCCCAUGAGCAGAACACCGUACUCACUACCCUCGACAGCGCAGGCAAACGAACCCAUUGCUCACCAGAUCCGGCGCAUCCAGAGUUCGCACAUUCGCAACUUGCAAACACACUGGGAACAGCAGCGACGACGACAACAACAACAACAACAACAACAACAGCAUCAGCGGCAGCAGUCGCAACUCAUACCCUUUCUCUCGUCCGUACCCAUGGAGCGUCACCACGCAGGCCCUAUACUGCCAUUGCUGUAUCCACCGCAACAUCUCCAUGACAUUCCAGACACCACACGUCCAAGCUUGCAGGGUGAGCAUGGCAUCUAUAGAGAUCCUGCAGCAGGUAUGAUCUGGUCAAGUGGAGUACCACUGAUACGAGAAAGUCUCCAGUCCAGCAUGAAUGCCCAUUCGAGCGCCGGGUCGCUGUCUUCAUUUAAUUCCCUGCACACCUCAUCUACCAGAACAGGGUUACCAGGGGGUCAUAACAUCGAUGAUAAUGAUGGAACCGUGGGUUUAGGUGCAGGUAUCGUGUCACCAGACCCGCCGCCAUACUCUCCUCCGACAAUACCCUCUUCACCCGUCUCAUUGUCAUCCUCAUACAUUGGUUCAACUACUGUCUCCAAUCUUACGCCGUCGCCAUCUGAACCGCCAGUAUCGGGUGCAAGUGAAGGGCAAGGCCUUCAGAGAGAUCAACCCUGGAGGACGCGACCAAUGGGCAUAAACUCUUUAUAUAGCAAUUACGAAGGCGGCACGCUGAAGCCGAGUGAACGAUGGCGCCGAGGGGACGAGGAAAUGAUUGGGAGAUGAAACUAGCCUGCAAUGCUCGAUAUUUUUUUGGUAAGGCGUGUAAUAAAAAAAGGACGCCAUUUCUACAAGUAAA